AUGACGGACUGGGUGCCGGCAAUUGUAGCGACGGUGCUGUUCGUGAUUCUUACGCCGGGAUUGCUUUUUCAGGUUCCCGGCAAUGAUAAGUUUGUGGACUUCGGGAAGAUGGAGACGAGCGGAUACUCAAUCCUUCUUCACUCCUUCAUUUACUUCGGCCUCCUUACUGUCUUCACUGUCGUCAUCCAUUUUCCUGGAACUUAA